UUUCAAAGUAAUUGGAGGUAGACAUUUCUCGACGAGAGACGCAGAAUACAAAGGUGUAUUAAACCAGUUGAUUCGAUUAUUUUCUAAGCGUGAAUAUGAAGAUGGGAUUCAGCAUCAACAUCAUUACAGGAUUCUACUUACUGGUCUGUGGUUCCUCCACCAACAUCAACGUCAUUACAACCGGAAACCGUGUCAUGUACAACACACAUGACUACGGCGUUGACGUCCAGGAUAUAUCAAUGAUUCUCUUCCGGGUCAAAGGAUGCACCGAUGGGAGGAUAAAUCUCUAUGACGGUCCUGACUUUUCCACUGCCAAGAACGCCUAUGUUUUGCUUGGUGGAUGGGGAAAUCGUAGAUGUUCGAUGGCACCGUGCAGUGGCUGUUCAACCACAAUUUCACCAUGGUUAGGACAGUUCUUGAACUGCAAUGAGAUGAUACCAAUGUGGAUCAAUUGGACCGGUACAUUGCUUAGCGUCGGUCACGGGGCUUAUGUUGGAGAACAGAUCUUCAUCUUUACCAAUGAGCAAAGGGACUUUGAUGUCCAGUAUUUGGCAGUUGGAUCCACUUAUCCUGAUGUAUUUGACUGGGAAUUCGAUGGCAAAGCUGGGAACUACUUUGAGCGGGUGGUGCCUAAUGGUUGGAGUACACGCCAAAUGCUGUCUUCAUUGACGUCCAACUCUAGGUUUAAGUGCAUCGUGAGUUGUCGGGGCAGGAUCAGUUGCAGGUCAAUCAGCUACCAGAACACGACCAACAUCUGUCAGUUAUACUUCGAACGAUCACGACCCGUUGAUAUCGACCCUGACAACACUUGGGAAACAUGGAUAGAUAGAAAUGUGUAAAUGAUGCUCUUGGCGUCUGCAUUUGCCAUUGGGUUUGAAAACUAUGCAAUAACCGUUUAUUCGAGGAAAAAUCCAGAUUAAGAUUUAAUCAACCAGUGCUAUCAUCAAACGGUACCACUCUGAAAUACUGUUCAGACACACAUAGUUCGGCUACAACGCUCCAAUGCGUGGAUCUCUCUGUCUAGUGGCAUGAAGAUAACAAAAGCACUCGCCUCUAUUAAUUCACUGGGCAAGAACGACAUUGGGGAAAAUUCGUCAAGCCUUGUCAGAUGCCUGAAACGUUGUCAUGCCUUCAUGAUUAAAAAAUCGCUUACUUGUCCAAAAGCUUUUCCGGCGGUAAAUUCAAAUAUGUCUAAAGACAUUUUCUUCAUUUUGCGAAAUCACAGGCUGAAAAUAUGUAUUUUGUAUAUUUUCACUAUAUUCAUGCAUAUGUAUUAUUUCAUAACCCAAUGGCAGAGAAUUGUGAUUUUUACAGGUAAUCAAUCAUACUAUUAAAGAAUUACAUUCUCCUUCCGGCAGCCUCCGUGGUCUAGUGGAAAGAGCGUCUGCCCGGAGAGCGGAAGUCGUGGGUUCGAUCCCUGGCCUCGUUAUACCAAAAUACGUUAAAAGAUGGUACUUCUUGUUACCCUGUUU